AAAAAAAAAAGAGAGAGAGAGAGAGAGAGAGAGAGAGAGAGAGAGGAAAAGAGAGAAUAAAAAGAUGGAGAUGGAGUUGUCCCGACAUGGAGAUGUCGGGAUGAUCGCGCCAGCGGCCACGAUACUACCACCAAUGCGACGAGUCAAUCGCAUCGUUUCGCAAUAAAAAAGAACACAAUCGCAAUAAAAAAGGAACACAAAAAAACACACCCAAGGCGACUCUCGUUAUACGCUCGACGCUCGUUCACUCAUUGAGACGCAAUCGCAUCAUCCUCGCAGCGAGCAGGCUACCGGGAUCGUGAUCGUGAUCGUGAUCGCGACGCUCCGUGCGAGUUGUGAACGCGGUGAGUUCGCGUAAACAGUACACCAAAGGGAUUCGCAUCGGCAGCGAGGUUUAGCCGCGUUUUGCCGCUUAUACCAUUUUAAAGGAUAGUCUCCUGGAACGCUCCUUCUGGAAAGGAUAGUCUCCUGGAAGUUACGCCGAACGCCGGAAUAGAUUCAACAAGAGAUACAUCAGUCUGCCAAAUUACAACCAACCAACGAACCACAGCCUGCUUAGCUUGCCGUUUGCCGGAAGAAGAAGGUCGCACGAUGAGCCAGUUUGGACGAGCGGUUGGUCGAGUGAGUUGCUCGUUGCUCCUUCUAGCUACAUUCUGUUCCUUACCCCUCCAGACACACAGCAAUACUCUUUAUGAAGGAGAUGCGUGCAAGCUGCGCGAUGGCUCCCAGGGUGUCUGCACAAAGGCGGCCGAGUGCCAAUGGUUCAUCAACACCAUUCUGAGACCGAGGAGGUUUAAGGAGGCAGUACGGUGUUCGUUUCUCGUCGACACCGAGGUGGUCUGCUGCAAGCGGAACUGGAUCCCCGAGGCCCGAACCGAGCGUCCGACGGAACCACCGACGGAGGAACCGACGGAGAUACCGACGGAGCCACCGACCGAACCGCCGACCCAAACUGUUCCCAUCGAAUCGAAGAACGUGGGCCUUAAGACGGGCGAUCGGUCACGCCGUGCCUGUGAGCAGUACAGCUACGAGUCGCAGACCUACAAUAUUAUCAAUGGGCAGGAAGCGGCGGAGAGCGAGUACCCGUUUAUGGCGGCCCUCGGCUACCCGUCCAAUGAACCCGCAGCCAGCGUCAGAUAUCGGUGCGGGGCCAGUCUGAUCUCCGCCAACUUCCUGUUGACCGCGGCCCAUUGUAAAAAAGGAAACGGACCAACGACGGCCCUCCUGGGUACUGUCAGCAUCGCCGCAGGUCACGAUGGAAUCGAGGUCGGCGUGAAGAGGGUCAUUGCACAUAAACAGUACAGGUCGAGCAGCAAAUACCACGACAUAGCGCUGGUGGAGCUACAGGAACCGGUUGAGUACAAUAUCCUCGUUAUGCCGAUCUGUCUGCACGAUGAUCCGCAGGAUCUGCCGGAGAACAGUGUACUGUCGGCGGAAGGGUUCGGUAUCGUCGAUGAAAAUUAUCAACUUUCCUCGACCAGACUGAUGAAGGUUAACCUGACGACGGUACCGAGGCUCCGGUGCAACCAGAUCUUUGCGGACGCCAACCUGCUGGGAACCCGGAAGCUACUGCAGGGUAUCGUCGAGACGCAGUACUGUACAAUCGGCAGUCUGGAUAAUAAAACCGAGCUAAGAGGUGACGCCUGUCAGGGCGAUUCGGGUGGGCCGGUGCAGAUCAAAACCGGGGAGAAGUACCGGCUCGUCGGUGUCAUAUCGUUUGGCCACAGCUGCGGCAGUUACAUACCGGGCGUUACGACGCGCGUAGCCGCUUACAUCGAUUGGAUCGAAAGUAUCGUGUGGGCGUGAGAAGGGGCGUAUACAAUU